UUCUCUUUCCAUUUCUGUGUCAAUAACUUUUACUGCACAUUCCUCAUUUUACUCUUUCCGCGUUCUCGACUCUCUUCUUCUUUUCCCACCAUCUCUUCCUUUCCUUUCUCUAUAUUUCUUCAUAACAGAACACCAUUCAUCACUCAUCAUAUCUAUAUUAAUCAGUCUCACAGCAAAGAAAUGGUGGGCUGCGGGAUAUACAUAAAGAAGGAAAGAGAUUGGGUUAGAAGCCUUGUGGAAAGCGAGUUCUUUGGGAUUUGCAAAUAUGUCUAUCAAGAUGUUGUUCGUCUUCAAGAAAUCCACAAACUUCUCGACUGUUCGAAAAUUCAGACAUACAAAAUCAAUGGUGAGAAAGCUGUACAUUUGAAUCCUCGGCCUCAAGGUAAAGAUGCCAAGCCAUGUACAAAAUCAAAAACUGGUGCUGCUUGUGAAAUUUGUGGAAGAUACCUUCAAGACCCUCCUAAUCGUUUUUGUUCCAUUGCAUGCAAGGUAACGGCCGUUGAUUUGAAGCCUAAAGACCCAAGUCAUAAACUGGAGUUGCCAAUACAAGAGCUUCCAGAUAAACUUUCCUGGAAACACAGUCAAAAUGCAGAAACAAACUCGGAAGAAAAGCAAUCCACCAUCUCGUCAACCGAUGUUUCGGAGGAGAUGAAACCAUGUUUAAGCACAAGUUUAAAGCCUAGGAAACGAAUGACCAAAAGAAAAGGCAUUGCCCAUAGAUCUCCUCUCACUUGAUACUCAAGCAACAGAAAUCCAUAGCUAUAUAACAGUUGAUAUAUAGGUAGAAUUUCAACUGCAUUUUUAAAUUAUUCCUCCUCAGAUAUUGUACAGUAUAGGAUAGAAAAUGGAUGAAAUGUUGGAUUGUGAAGCAUUAUUUUAAGUUCCAUUUUGAAUAUUUUUAUGUACCACUUUUUAACA